AUACAAAGCAAAACUUCGUCUCAUUUGUUCACACUGAAACCACAAAACUCUCUCUCUCUCUUCCCUCUUCGCAUCAUUUUCUUCAUGACCUUCUUCUUUUUGUAACAGAGAAGAGCAAGAAUUUAUUAAAUGGGCCAUGAUAACAUCACGAAGCUCGCGAGUCUACUCGUAAAGCUACACAGAGCUCCUUCAGCUUGGCUCUGUCUUUAUCCCCGACCAAACCGAUCCAGCAGCGUCGACGAAGGAAACCAACAAAAACAACGGAUCAUCAAGCUCGUAAGAUCCGACGGUUCCUCCGAGGUCUACGACCGUCCCGUGGAGGUCUCAGAGCUCACAAGAGAUUUCCCAAAACACAAAAUCUGCAGAUCGGACUCACUCUACAUCGGACAGAAAACCCCUGUUCUGUCUGAAACCGACACGCUUAAGCUCGGACUCAACUACUUCCUCCUCCCUUCUGAUUUCUUCAAGAACGAUCUCUCUUUCCUCACCAUCGCCGCCUUGAAACAAAAAUCCGCCGGCGCCGGGACUCAUCAUCAUCAUCAACAUCAACAGCCUUUCUUUAUACAAAAGGGACAAACAGGGGAGCGUCUUAGGAUCCGAGUGUCUGAAGAUUUCAUGUCGGAAUUGAUGAUGAAAAACAGAGGAAACGAAGAGGAAGAUGAUGAAGGAGAGAGCGAAGGGAGAGUUUGUACGACGGUGAGAUUGAAGAAGGAUUAUGUUCAAUUGGUUGGUUUGAGAAAAUGGAAGCCGAAGCUGGAGACGAUAAAGGAGACAAAGGCGAUGAAAGCGACGGUGGUGGAGAAGAAGAAGAAGAGAAAGAAGUUUCCUGUGAUGAAGAAGAGAUCAUGCAAAGAUUCUUCUCAAACUGAUUCAUCUGCGAAGCGUAAGCUUCAAUCCAAAUUCAAGUCCAAAACUAAGAAAGCUAUUCUCAGAAAAUUAGCUUAAAUUUUUGUUUGAUAAAGAAUUUAGCAGAUUGUGUGUGUAUACGUAGAAAGUAUUGAAAUUAUGUAAAGAAACUGAGAGAAAAACAAUUUAAUUAGAAGAUAGAAAUUAUUUCCAAAA